GUUUUUUUGUUUCCGUCUACCAUCGCGAGCAGCAUGCGUCUCUCUUUCUGACCUGUAGAGCCUGCUUUCAGGUGAAGCUUAUACCGUUAUUCCGCAUAUACCCACUCUAGUGAAUUGGAACCGCAGAUACUUAACUUGGAACUGACGGCGAAGACGGUAUCGAUACCGACUACAUUGACCAUGGAUGGGACGCAGAAGAAAAUGAAAGAAUCGUUCAAGCUGAAGAACCUUGUCGCGUCAAUCCGGAGCAUCGAGUGGACCUUCUAUCGCAUUCAUUUGGCGGCCUUCGUCUUCGUUCCACUCAUAUCCUCAGGAAUAUUCUACGCUUGCAACGGCAGGUUCCGUAUCAGCUAUCUGGAUUCACUCUUUCUAUGCUACUCCGCAAUGACAGUGACUGGGCUAUCGACGGUGAACUUGUCAACGCUGACCGUGUGGCAGCAGGUCAUGCUCUACUUGCUAAUGAUGGUGGGCGAUAUCACGACGGUAUCGUGGAUCAUGGUACUGGUGCGAAAACACUAUUUCCGAACACACUGCGAAAAUCUCCCCGACAGGUUGAAGAUAUUUCCUACACGCAAGGCUUUCCUUGCAUCCAUUUCUUCCCCCAUCGCCGCCUUUAGACCUCGCGAUGUUAUCCCCGUAAACGGAAAAUACGCCCCGCAGCUCAAUUUCCAUCAGCCCACGCCGGUGGCGACCACGUCCCCAGCAACCAACACUAACGAGAUGGUACCGACGUUCGUGAACGGACGAAGAAGCGAGGAGGGCGACGGUGAUAACGUGCUUUCCGAUGUGCAUACAUUCACCUCAUCGCCUCGCGCAGCCACCCUGCACCUUUCGCCCGUCCAGAGUCGCACCUCGGCCCGCCGCGGCGUAGACUUUGACCUCACGACUUCAAUGACGCCAUCUAUGCGCCAGAGAAGGAUGAGUGCCGCUCGUGCUGGCGUCCCGCUCCCGACGAGGGGCAUGACAAUGCUAGUUAGCCAGGAUACAGCUGGAAAUACACAUGAAUUAUGGAGUGAUAUUCCCGGUCCCAUACAGGUCUUCAAAAAACUGUUCAAACGCUCGGCUCCAGGCGCAUAUAGGAUGUUUCAGCGCAAGAUGACUAUGCCGUACACGUCUACUUUGGAGGCCAGCAAGACCAAGUGGCUUAAUUUCGACCUGGACGUGGGGCCGAAUUCAAACUUUUAUACAGAGAUAUUAACGGAUGAACAGUUGGAGGCUAUUGGAGGUGCCGAAUAUCGGGCGCUAAGGGUUCUCAGUUACCUUGUGCCCACGUACUUCGUGGCUACCCAGAUUCUCACCUAUCUCAUAUUCGCUCCUUGGUUAUCCACUUCUUCGAGUUAUGACAGCGUGUUUGAGGCGCAACCCCGUCUCGUCAAGAAGCCAUGGUUCUCACUCUUCCAAGUUAUGGGAGCCUACACCGGAGGUGGUUUAUCCUUGGUUGAUCUAGGGAUGCUUCCUUUCCAAACCGCAUAUCUCAUCAUUUUUCCUUUGAUGUUUGUCAUCUUAGCAGGCAAUCAUGCCUUGCCUAUAUUUAUGCGACUCAUAAUAUGGAUAUGUUCCAAAUUUACCAAACCAGAGUCAGAUCUGGAUAAAGCAUGGGACUUCCUUCUUCAUCACCCUCGACGAUGCUAUUUCUACUUGUUCCCCAGUCAUCAAACUUGGUUUCUGGUGAUUGUUCUACUCUUGAUGAGUGUUGUGGAAUGGGUCGCGUUUGAGGUGCUCAAUACCGGACUGGAGUUUUAUGAGGCUAUGUCGAUUGGCGCUAAGAUUGUAUCGGGCUUGUUCCAGGGACUGGCUGCACGGGCAUCCGGAUUUUCGAUCGUCCCUUUAGCUUCAAUUGCCCCUGCCGUUCAGUUUUUAUAUGUGGUAAUGAUGUAUAUUGCGGUGUACCCUGUUGCAAUGAGUAUUCGUUCGACCAAUACGUACGAAGAAGGAUCACUUGGUGUAUUCGAAGCCCCGCCACUGGAUGAGGAGGAGUUUGAAGACAAAGACAAGGAACUGGGAGAUCCCAAAGACAGAGAGCCGCGACAGCGUGUGGCGAGGUAUUUAGGGUGGCACUUACGUCGACAGAUGUCUGAUGAUAUCUGGUGGAUGGUCUGGGGUGUCCUCCUUGUUGCCAUUAUCGAGCGAGGCAACAUUAUAGACGAUAAUAAGAAGUGGUUCGAUUUGUUCAGAGUGCUUUUCGAGCUAGUCUCUGCAUUCGGUGGAAUCGGGCUGAGUCUGGGGUUCCCUUCGGAUAACAUGUCAUUCGUUGGUGCGAUGAGACCGCUGUCGAAGUUGGUCAUUAUCGUAGUGAUGGUACGUGGACGACAUCGCGGUCUUCCUGUGGCUAUUGACCGGGCGGUGAAGCUUCCCACCGAGCUCGCGACAAAAGGUAAGAACGCGGAGAAGGAGAAGGAUAAUAAUUUGGAACCGGUGGAAGAGAUCACCGUUACUCCCCGUGAAUUGUCAUAGCUUUUUGAAUACCCUGGUUUCUGUUGCUUUCCUCUGGAGUUGCAUAUCCUCACCGAUGUAUAUAAUUCAUAGACCCAUCUAGACACUACUACCUACUUCUUGACAUACCGAAUGUUAUAUGCUGCGGCUCCGAUGUACAAUUCAUUAUAUCAUUCUCUUAUUGUAUACUUCAUGCCCAUGACGGGAUGUGGAUAGCAAUCUGAAUCAAAGUGGAUUAGCAGAUGACACGAAUGUCAGAUUUGAUUUCGCCCUUACCCUUUUGUUCUGCUUGUCCUUCUGUUAACGAUGCGAUCGGAAAGUGGUCUGGUACAAUGGAAAGAUC